ACCUCAAGCAAAGCUUUCUCUUAUCCUCCAAUACAUACACAUUCAUAUAUCUCUAUCCAUCCCACUGUUCCCCCUCCUUCAUCUCUAUCUAUCUAUCUAGAUUCUUUUUUAUUCAAAGAUUCAUUCUUUUUACAGACACACCCACAUGUUUAUUUCUAUGUAUUUUAACAUAUGUAUGUAAGAAGAUACCAGAAGCAUGUCUUGUCUGCUGCCACAGUUCAAGUGUUUGCCUGAUUCUUUCUCUAUUCAUUUCAAAACCCAUCUUCAAUCUUUCCCUUCUCAACCCUUAAAGUAUAGGGAGACUAUCUACUCUCGAGUGCAAUGCUCAGCAACAGUGACAACCGUGCUUGAUACACCAUCUUUAGAAGCUCAUUCAAAUUCAGUUGCUGCGAACAGAUCAUGGUCCGAAUCAACAUCAAAUGCAGUGCUCGAUUUGGAAAAGCUACAUUUAGCAUCUUUAGAAGUUCAUUCUAAUUCUGUUGCUACAGACAGACCAUGGACACAUAUCAGUGACAUGGACCCUCCAUCUGAGGCAACUUUGCCUAUGGAAAAUCUUCUUACAAGUGAAGAGGCUGUCAUAGCUGCUGCAGCUUCGGAAGCAGUGGCUCUAGCGAGGGCAGCUGCAAAAUCUGCAAAGGAUGCUGCGAUGAUAAAUAGCCAUAAGAACUCAACAAAGAUAGAUGUAAAACCUACAGCACUCACAUAUGAAGCUGUAGAUUCUUUAUCCGAGAGGCCUGAGCUGACUCAAUUGGGUGUAGCAGGAGUGUCCCAAAUAUCUCAAUCUGAGGGCAGAUCUGAUGUUGAGGAGCCAACAGUUGAAGAACUUCAAAUUCUGCAGGAAGAACUUGGAAAAAGUAUUGCUGUAAGAUCGAGUCGUCAACCAGAACGAAAAGCCAGACGAGCAAGAGCAGCUGAGAAGGCUUCGGCCACUGUAGUUUCUGUUAAAUCUGGUUCCAUGAGCAAGAAAAAGCGUGCUUCCCAAGAAAUAGACCACUCUGACCCACUGCGGUACUUGAGGCAAACCACAAGUUCUUCUAAACUUCUUACUGCAACUGAAGAACAAGAGUUGUCAGAAGGGAUACAGGCUCUGUUAAGACUGGAAAAAAUUUAUAAGGAGCUUAGUGAACGUUAUGGGGGUGAGCCUAGUUUCAUUCAGUGGGCUUCCGCAGCUGGUGUUGAUCAAAUUACUUUGAGGAGACAAAUAAAUUAUGGCAAGUUCUGCAAAGACAAAAUGAUUAAGAGCAAUGUGCGGCUUGUUAUUUCAAUUGCCAAAAAUUAUCUUAAAUCAGGCAUGAAUUUACAAGAUCUUGUUCAGGAAGGGUGUCGAGGGCUUGUAAGAGGAGCUGAGAAGUUUGAUGCUUCGAAAGGGUUCAAAUUUUCAACCUAUGCUCAUUGGUGGAUAAAACAAGCAGUUCGAAAGUUUCUCUCUGAUCAGUCAAGAACUAUUCGUUUACCUAUAUACAUGGUAGAGGCGGGCUACAGGGUCAAGGAAGCAAGACAAAAUCUGUACAAUAAAAAUGGAAGGCAAGCUAGUCAUGAAGAACUUGCAGAGGCAACAGGGCUCACCAUGAGCAGACUGUCUAAUGUCUUACUAGCACCUAAACCUCCACGAUCUCUUGACCAGAAGAUCGGGUUUGACCUUGAUCUUAAACCUUCGGAUGUGAUCGCAGACCCUGAAGCAGAAACUUCAGAAGAAUUACUUAUCAAAGAAUUAAUGAGACAGGACCUGAACAAGGUGUUGGAUACAUUAAAGCCCCGUGAGAAACAGGUGGUCAGAUGGCGGUUUGGACUAGACGAUGGGAGGAUGAAGACACUGCAAGAGAUUGGGGAGAUCAUGGGUGUAAGCAGAGAAAGAAUACGGCAAAUUGAAUUAUGCGCAUUUAGAAAGUUGAAGAACAAGAGGAGAACGAAAAGUUUGCAGCAAUACAUAAUUGGGUAACUUCCUACUGUAAAUCAGAAAAAUAUAUGAGCAGAUAGACCCAGCCACAACCAAUUCUUGAGGGACAGUGGAUGUAAUAUGUUUCUUACUUUAACUAUCUGUAGUACAUCUUCCUUUUGGCCAUAACUGUAGAAUUUAAUCUUGUAUAGAAACAAAGAAGUUUUGGAUAAGAGCAUCUCCAAAUCAUUCUGUGUAAGCUGCUAGAAAAAGAUGAGAUAUCUUUUUGAGUUGUUAUAUAUUUUAUAUCUUAGACA